UAUAGUCAAGUUGAUUUACAAGAGGUUGUGGCUUGAGCUGGAGUUUUAGUUGCCUGAUAGUGAGCUGCUUCCUUUUGAGGCUUGUGAACUUGCGAGGUGCAUUUCCAGCUGGCUGAAGGGAGGAGGAUUUCUUGUGAAAGUUCUACAUAAACUUGGUGAAAGAGAGCAGUGCCUCACUCUGUGAUACCAUGUGAAAUGUUCAUGUUGGACGAUCAGGAGUCACUUGCAGAGGAUUCAGGCAAUGGACACAUACAAGAAGGAACCUCUUAUAGCUUACUAUCCCAAACAAUGAACUAUGUCGGGCAACUUGCUGGGCACGUCCUGGUUACAGUGAGGGAACUGUACAAAGGCAUCAACCAGGCUACCCUGUCCGGCUGCAUUGACGUUAUAGUGGUUCGUCAGCAGGAUGGAACCUACUUGUGCUCUCCAUUUCAUGUGCGAUUCGGGAAGCUCGGAGUCCUACGCUCUAAGGAGAAAGUGAUUGAUAUAGAAAUCAAUGGAACACAGGUAGACUUGCACAUGAAACUCGGUGACAAUGGAGAAGCCUUCUUUGUGCAGGAAACGGAAGAAGAAAAUGAACAUGUCCCAGCAUAUCUGGCUACCUCCCCUAUCCCUACAGCUGAUCAAGUGUUCAAGAAUCCCAUUUCUCAUUUGCCAACCUCAUGUGAAGAAGAAAUAAGCACUUUGCUCUCCCACGCUAUGGACUUGGAAAAUGUCUAUACAAACUCUGUAAAAAAGAAAAAGAGGAGACGGAGGAAAAUGAAGCAUGAAAAGAAGGAAGACGUUCCUGCUGUUUCUGGGGUUGAGGAAAUGAUGGAAAUGGGCUUGAGCUCCGAUGGAGAAAACUGGAUUCAGCCCCCACGGUCCUCUUCAAACACAGCCUUAAGGGAGGAAUCUUUCAGCCACAGUUUAGAUCGUUAUGCCCUCUCUGAUGGGGACUGGUCUCCCCUGGACAGCCACUUUUGCCAAUCCAAUUGCCCUAAAAGUGACUCUGAACUGGAAGUAAAGUCUGGGGACAGCAUCCUUCGAAAUGAGCCUCAGAUGCAAUGGACAUGGGGUGGAUUUCCUGAGUCAACCAAGGUGAGCAAGAAAGAGCGAACAGACCAUCUGAGGACAGCCACCAUCACACCUUCUGAGAAUACACAUUUCAGGGUGAUCAGCUCUGAGGCAUUGGUCGGAGAAGCAGAUGAAGUAUCCAUGGAAGACUCUGUUUGCACUGUGCUGAAACCAGAGCCUCGACCAUGUUCUAUAGGUGUUCUUAUGGAUCCAGAUCAGCUGCAUGAGCCUGCUACUGAAAGUGGCAUAAGCUCCCCAUCUGUACCAGAGGAAAACUUCACGCAGGAGAGUAUACAUAAUUUGCCUGAAAUGAAACCUUCCUUAAAAACAGACUCGCCAACCAAGAAAAAAGGUGUACAAAAAAGAAGCGAGCAUCAGGGCCCCGGUGAUAUAUAUCUAGAUGAUUUAAACAUCUUGGAGCCUGAAGUAGCAGCUCUGUAUUUUCCCAAAAGUGAAUCAGAUCCUGGUUCCAGACAGUGGAUUGAAUCUGACCUGCUGUCUGGCUCUCAGUCUCCUCAGUCAGUGGGAAGCGCUGCUGCAGACAGUGGAACAGAGUGUCUGUCUGAUUCUCCCAUGGAUCUGCCUGAUGUUACACUGUCAUUAUGCGGUGGUCUCAGUGAGAAUGGAGAAAUCUCCAAAGAAAAAUUCAAGGAACACAUUAUUACUUACCAACAGUUUGCAGAGAACCCCGGGAUUAUUGAUAAUCCUAAUUUGGUAGUACGGAUUUAUAACAGAUACUACAACUGGGUAUUGGCUGCUCCCAUGAUCUUGAGUUUGCAAGUGUUCCAGAAAAACUUACCAAAGGAGACCGUUGAAACAUGGGUAAAAGAAAAAAUGCCAAAGAAAUCUGCAAGAUGGUGGUUCUGGCGUAAGAAGGAAAAUAUGGUACAGCAGCCUGACUCAAAGGAGGAUAAAUUGGAUGCAGAACCAAGCAACGAAGAAACAUCUGAAACAAAGGAGCAGCCUAAUAUAAGGUCACCAGCUGAUGACAGUUCUUCAAGUGAUGAGGAGUCGUUGGAACUGAAACAAAUAAAUACAGAAUUUCCAUCUACAGAACAUCAGAGCCACGGAAGCACCACCGCCUACAAGAAAACACUUCGACUAUCCUCUGACAAAAUAGAAAAAUUGAAUCUAAGGGAUGGUCCAAAUGACGUUGUAUUCAGCAUUACAACCCAGUAUCAAGGUACAUGCCGGUGUGAAGCGACCAUCUAUCUGUGGAACUGGAAUGACAAAAUAAUCAUUUCGGACAUUGAUGGAACAAUUACAAAGUCCGACGCAUUAGGACAGAUUCUACCACAACUUGGGAAAGACUGGACACAUCAAGGCAUUGCGAAACUUUACCAUACUAUACACGAGAACGGGUACAAAUUUCUGUAUUGCUCAGCUCGUGCUAUUGGCAUGGCAGAUAUGACCAGAGGGUAUUUGCACUGGGUGAAUGACAAAGGCACGAUACUUCCUAGAGGACCUUUGCUACUGUCUCCCAGCAGCCUUUUCUCAGCAUUCCACAGGGAGGUCAUUGAAAAGAAGCCUGAGAAGUUCAAGAUUGAGUGCCUCAAUGACAUUAAAAACCUGUUUGCUCCUCACCGGCAACCGUUUUAUGCUGCUUUCGGGAAUAGACCGAAUGAUGUGUUUGCCUAUAUAAAAGUGGGGGUACCAGACUGCCGAAUAUUUACUGUGAACCCAAAAGGGGAGCUGAUACAGGAAAGAUCCAAGGGGAACAAGACAUCGUACAGCCGAUUAAGUGAGUUGGUGGAACACGUCUUCCCGCUGCUGGAUAAAGAACAAAGCUCUGCUUUCUCGUACCCUGAUUUUAGUGCUUUCUGUUUUUGGAGAGAACCCGUGCCAGAAUUAAACAUGGCAGACCUUGAACUUUGAAUAAACUGUUGCGGAACUGCAAUCGUUUCUGCUGAGAGUUUCCUAACUCGAGUAUUACUGCUGUGAAUGCCUGGCAUUUAUGGGAAUGCCAUUGUUUUACAUUCAACGUGUAAUUUAUAGCCAGUAAAUGUGUUGCCUACAUUUGCUAUAUUCAGGGAAAACAUGUAAAAUGUCAUUUUAUUUUAGUACAAUAUCUUAAUUGGUUGUAAAUGGGUUUUGUGAAUGAUGUGAAACAUAUUUUAUUCUUUCAAGGCAACUUAAUAACUACCAAUGUUGAAUGAAGGGACGUCACAAUCACCACCUCCAGUUGCCGUCUGCUGCUUCCAAUAGCUGCUGGGAGUUGUAGUUUGCAGCAGCUGGAGGGCAUCAUGUCCGACAACCUUGGAUGUAUCUCUCCUCAUUGUGUCGGGUCAAUUAUGAUCAACAUUUUGGGAGUAGGGGGUGUAUGUGGCACAUUGCAGGGCGAUAUGUUGCAGAUCUCCGUACUCAUGAAGACUUUUGUAUAUAGAGCAGAAAAUAACAUGAGUAUUUCUUGUUGAUUUCUCUUCUGUUGUUUCUUUUCGUUAACUCUCAGUAUCUGUGACAGUGUCCAAAUAUACAAUACUGUAAUUUAUUUUACGUGCAGGUUUUGCAUUUCAAGCUUUAUUGUUGAGCAGUUUAAUUUUAUGAUUCUGUUAAUUGUAGACGGAAGUCUAUAAAAUCAUUUUCUUUCUAAACAAUUUGCUUCAUGUCAAGCCUUUUGCCUAUGCUGAGAACCUUGCUUCCAUUUUUUUUUUUUUGAAUGGCAGGAUAAUUUCAUUUCAAACACUGGCCUGUUCUCUAUAUAGAGAAGACCUUUGCGUAUCAAUUGUGAUUUGUAGCAGAAUGAGCCAGACUCUCCCUGUCUCUGAUGAGAGAGACCAAGUAUUACAGGUAUCGUGCAAUGUGUAAAUCCAGCAUUAACUAAAGGUGUUUGUGUUUAAGAGAUGAAGCAAGUAUUUAUUUAUAGUAUGUAACACUCUCCAAAUAAAGUGUUCAAGUAUUUUACCUAA